AUGUCGCUGCCUCGGCCUCGCAAUCGUCGAUUCGUCACCCGCCUGCUCACCUCACUCGACCUAGCUGCCACACCACCUGAUCAUGAUCGUCUGGCGGCCGCUCCCGUCACCCCACUGGAGCCCAACCACAACCCCCUCGCCCGCGCCCCAGAUGCGGCCAGGAGACUGCUGCUGGCCCUGCAAGUCCUGUUCCCCACUGAAUUCGUCCCCGCGCUAGACCUGCUCGACCGCCGCCUUGUGACUCGCUUCCGCCUGCUCGACCAAAGCAGCAUUGCGUCUGCCGCCAUAGCCUCCACCGACGAGGUACGCGAGGGGCAUGCAGAGGCCGAGCGACAUGUCACCAUGCAAGGGGGAGACGAGCAUGAACAGCAUGAAGAAGCAAUACACAUGCGCAAUGCACAUGACGCAUCCAAGCACCACAAUACACGCACCCCAUCAUCUUCAAACGACGACACCACAGUCCAAGAACCCAACACUACUACUACUACUACUACUACUCCUCCUCCAAUACCACAGAUACCCCCAAUCCACAACACAUACUACGUACGCUCCGCCCAGCACCGCUCCUCGCGCCACGCUCCCGCCUCGUACGACGCAACAACAAGCUACCAAGUGCGUCUGGCCGCGUGGAACUGCUCCUGUCCCGCCUUUGCCUUUGCCGCCUUUCCUGCUGGUAUUGAUGAUGACGAGGUAGACGACACUUAUCAUUACCCGGAAAAUGAACAGAACCAUGCGUAUGAGCAGGAGUAUGAGUAUGAGGAACAGGAACAGCAACACCCAGCAUGCAGCUUCGGCGGCAUGACGCUAGGCGACCACAUGCCCCCCGUAUGCAAGCACCUGUUGGCCUGUGUGCUGGCGGAAAGCUGCCCUACGCUAUUUGGCGCCUUUGUCCAGGAAAAACACGUUACGCUUGCCGAGGCAGCUGCAUGGGCCGCGGGCUGGGGUGAUUGA